AUGACUACAUUUCCUAAUUCAAGUUAUUCAAAGUAUUUAUUAAUACAAUUAGUGUAGUUAAUUAAAAAGGAUUUAAUGUACAAAUAAUAAUUAUGGAAAAUCUGUCUUAUUAGCUAAAGGAAAUUAAGAAUUCAAAGUUAUAUUAAAUGAGUAGGAUGCCUCAAAAGUAACAAAUAUUGAAUAUUAAUUAGGAAAAUUAAUAAUAUAUCACAAUUCAUCAAGAUGAUAUAAUUUAAAUGAUUAAUACUGAUUGA